AUGGAGAACAUUUUAAAAGUGAAGAACAAAAUCUUGGAUAGCAAAAAUACAGGGAGAGAAACCCCUUUAUUUCAAGCAGCUAAAGAAAAUGAUAUGAAGUCGUUAAUGCAGUUAAUAGGAGAUGAAAGUACAGACCCACUUGAGAAAGGUGCCUUUGGAGAAAGGGUUUUACAUGUUGCAGCACUCUACAACAAUCAUGAAAUCCUCAUCGCACUAUUAGAUGCCUACCCAUUCCUCAUCAAUUAUCCGAUGGAAUGUGAGACCUAUAAAGGGGAGUAUGCAUUAUCAUUUGCUGCCUGCAUUGGCAAUGAAGAGAUUCUCCAGCUCUUGGUGGAAAGUGGAGCCCCACUGCACGCUCAGGAUAAACAAGGAAAUACUGUUUUCCACAUGUUGGUCCUGCACCCCAAUAAAAUGAUGGCCUGUAAAAUGUAUGAUUUCCUAAUCUCCCUCAUUUCCAAAGAAAAGGUCCCUUAUUUGGAAAACAUUGCAAACAAGCAGGGAUUUACUCCACUAAAAUUAGCUGCUCAUGAAGGAAAUCCAAAGAUGUUCGAGUACUUCAUUGGGAAAAAAAGGCGCACCGUCUGGACCUUUGGACCUGUGAUAUCCUCUUUGUACGACUUAACAGGGAUUGACACUUGGGAUGAUCAAAAGUCUGUAAUGGAUAUUAUCUGCACCAGUAAAAAUAAAGCAGCCCUCCAUCUUUUAGAAUUGACUCCGUUAAAGGAACUCCUGCACCACAAGUGGACAAGAUUUGGUCACAAGUACUUCCUCCUGUGGACCGUUCUGUCGGUUGUGUACACACUCAUUUUUACAGCGUGUUGUGUUUAUCGGCCCAUUAACCCGGCUAUCAAGAACAGUGAAAAUGCAACCAUCAAGAUCAUGAAAAAGAUCAAUGAAGCAUAUUCUAUGUCUGAUGAUUUUGUCAGAAUGGCUGGUGAAAUAACAAUAGUACUUGGAGCAUUCUUGAUUCUUCUUAUUGAAGUAAGGUCACUGAAGUAUCAUUUGUAA